CCUGGGGGCUGACACCACCAUUUCAGGAGCCUCUCCUGGGGGAAGAGAAUGUCCGUGUAGAGCGUCUCCGCCCAGGACCCCAGCUUCCAGAGCCCAGACGCCCCCUGUCUCCGCAGCUCCAUGGGUGCCCGCCUGUUCCUCCUGGGCCUCCUCCUGCUGCUGCUGCCCACGCCCACCCCAGCCCCCUGCCGCACGGCCACCCGCAAUGAGUGCCGGCGCAACCAAGUGUUCGUGCCCGGCGCGGCGCUGGCCGGGGAGGGCGUGGACGUGACCAGCCUCAGGCGCUCGGGCUCCUUCCCGGUGGACACAGAGAGCUUCCUGCGGCCGGAUGGCACCUGCACCCUCUGCCAGAAUGCCCUGCAGGAGGGCGCCCUCCAGCGCCUGCCCCUGGCACUGACCGACUGGCGCUCCCAGGGCUCAGGCUGCCAGCGCCAAGUGGUCAGGGCCAAGGCCAGUUCCAUCAAGGGCGUGGCCAGGGAGGCGGCCAGCAGCAUCCGCAAUGACUGGCGGGUGGGGCUGGAUGUGUCUCCCAAACCCAGCGCCAAUGUGCAGGUGACCGUGGCCGGCUCGCACUCCAGGGUGGCCAACUUCGCUGCCCAGAAGACCCACCAGGACCAGUACAGCUUCAGCACUGACUUGGUGGAGUGUCACUUCUACAGUUUUCACCUGGUACACUCUCCCCCACUCCACCCCAACUUCCAGAAGGCCCUCAGUGACCUGCCCCCCAACUUCAACACCUCCACAGAGGCUGACUACAUCAGGCUCAUCUCCCACUAUGGCACCCACUUCAUCCGGUCCCUGGAGCUGGGCGGCCGGGUCUCGGCCCUCACUGCCCUGCGCACCUGUGAGUUGGCCCUGAACGGGCUCACAGCCAAUGAGGUGGAGGACUGCCUGGCCGUCGAGGCCCAGGUCAGCAUCAGUGGCCGCGCCAGCUCUUCAUCAGAAUUCAAGGCCUGUGAGGAAAAGAAGAAGCAGCACAAGAUGGAGACCUCCUUCCACCAGUCCUACCGGGAACGCUUUUCCCAAAUAGUCGGGGGCCACCACACCUCCGUGGGCGACCUGCUGUUUGGGAACCAGGCCGGGCCGGAGCAGUUCUCAGCCUGGAUGGACUCACUGCUGGCCAGACCCGGCCUGGUGGACUACACCCUGGAGCCUCUGCACGUGCUCGUGGAGAGCCGGGACCCACGGCGGGAGUCGCUGAGGCGGGCCGUGAGCAAGUACGUGAUGGACAGGGCCCGGUGGAAGGACUGCAGCAGGCCCUGCCCCCCGGGGCAGCAGAAGAGCCCCCAUAACCCAUGCCAGUGUGUGUGCCCCAGCUCGGCGGCCACCAACCAGGACUGCUGUCCCCGGCAGAGGGGCCUGGCCCACUUGGAGGUGAUGAAAUUCCAGGCGACGGGCCUGUGGGGAGACCACUUCACUGCUACAGAUGCCUAUCUGAAAGUCUUCUUUGGAGACCAGGAGCUGAGAACCAACACGGUGUGGAACAGUAACCACCCCCAGUGGGAGACACGGCUGGACUUCGGGGACGUGCUCCUGUCCACGGAGAGGCCCCUGCGGGUGCAGGUCUGGGACGAAGACAGAGGCUGGGACGACGACCUCCUCGGCACCUGCGACCAGAAAGCGCAGUCGGGCUCCCAUAAGGUGAUGUGCAACCUGAACCACGGUCACCUGAGAUUCUUCUACCACGCCAAGUGCUUGCCUCACCUGGAGGGGGCAACCUGCCUGCAGUAUGCCCCCCACGGUCUUCUGGGGGCGCCUCCAGGAAACCGGAGUGGGCCAGUGUGGUGAGCGCAGUGGGCCUUGAGAGGACCAGGGGACCUCUGCCUGGACUGAAUGGGGUCCUCACGGAGGGAGCCAGGGCCUCUCUCCAUAUCCCCAGUAGAUAGAUGGAAAACUGAGGCUUACUUUUUUUUUUUUUUUCAACGAAGUGGCUGAAUUUCCAGGCCAGCCCUGAGUCUCCUGUCCAAACUGCCUUAGCUCUCUGAUAUUCUCGAGCCCUGGAAAUGAGCUGGGGCCAGGCCACGCCCUCUAGCGCCUGCUACCCACGCCACAGCCUGGGUCAGGAGCUGGGCAGAAGGCCAGGAGGCCCUUCCUCCCAGACUGCUUGCUGUCACUGAAGACUUUCCCUUGCAGCCCUUGCCCGCAUGGGGAAUUCUCCAUCCCACUGGGUCUAACCCUGCCCGUCCCGGCUGCUCUGCUUGCUCUCUCUUCUUCGCCCAGCAGCUGUGCCCCUCAGCCAAAUCUGGGACCGUCUGGACCGGCCUCGCGUGUGCACAGCCUGACGGAGGACUUAUAUCCUUGCUGUGAUGGCCACCGUCAUGGCCGUCCCUGUGGCAGAGGAGAGGGCCGGGACCAAACGCGGCCGGAGAGACGGACGUCUACAUCAGCAACCCUACGCAGCAGGACAGGGCGCUCACCCCGGAGCAGGCCAGCAAGUGGCUUUCCACUUGCGCUGGAAACGUGGGGACCCAAAAUAUUUCACUUCCCUCGAAACUCCUGAUUCGAGACCCAGCAGCACAAACUCGGGGAGAAAGGCAACAGACGUUCAGCCCCUAGCCGGGUGGCCACAAAGAAUGGUGAGGACUAUGGUGAGCUGAUUUAUGGAGCUCUGGCCCCGCCAGGCAUUCCCAGACAGGAGGGCUGGCAGGGCUGGGGAUUUCUGAAAGUAGCCAGAAACCCCAAAUUAACUUCUCUAAUUGUUGGCAAUGCAGUUCCCUUUGUAAAAAUAAACCUACGUACAAGUCACA